AUGACGAUUAGCAUACGAAAAGAAGACUUUGACAGCAUCGGCGAUGAAUGGGAAUGUAUCCUCCCGCGCACCGGCGCAAACACCAUCUUCAUAACACCUUGGUGGCAACAGCUCUGGUGGCGGCGCUACGGCAAUUCCGAUGCCAGCCUCGAGAUACUCUCGGUGCGGAAAGGCGACUCACUGCUGGGCAUCGCCCCUCUUAUGACGCGCGGUGAUACUCUCUCCUUCCUCGGCGACACCGACCUCUUCGACUACCACGACUUUCUUGUGCGCGAAGGCUGUGAGGACGACUUCUAUGCCACCCUCUGGCAGCACAUAGAGACGAUGGACUGGAAGAGAUAUGGAACUGAACCCUCUUGGGACGAGUAUGUAUCCGGCCUCCGCAAGAAGGACCGCCACGAACUCCGCCGCAAGUUGCGCCGUCUCACCAACGGCAACCAGGCCGAGCAAUACGCUUUCGACGACCCCGAUGAAAUAGCCGACGCAAUGCCCGAGUUCUUCCGGCUUAUGCGCGCCAGCAAACCGGACAAGGACGACUUCCUGACCCCGGACCGCGAGCAGUUCUUCAGAGACCUCGCGCAGGAACUCGCGCCUCGCGGCCAGUACAAGCUCUUCUUCCUCGAACUCAACGAUGUCCGAGUAGCAUCCUGCAUCUGCUUUGACUACAACGGCAGCUACAUGCUCUACAACAGCGGCUACGACCCCGAAUACUCAGCCCUUAGCGUAGGACUGCUCAACAAGGCGCUCUGCAUUCAGGACGCCAUUGAGACCGGCAAGAAGUCCUUCGACUUCCUGCGGGGGUCGGAACGCUACAAGUACAACCUCGGCGGCACAAACCAGACCAUCCACGAACUCGUCAUCAAGCGUUCAUAG